UUUAUCCCCCAAUUCCCAGCAGUUUUCUCUGUGACUCAAAAAUGUCUAUUAGAGUAUGGGACGGGACGUUUCAGUCUUACCAGCAUAUCGUACCUUCAAGUCGGUAUUUCGGGGCCGGGUUUUUUUCUAUCGAUAUCUUCACCCGACGGGUCAGUGCCCUACCAGCAGAAGUUUUCCGCUAUCUCCCCCCGUUCGCGAGAUAUUUCGAAAAAACCGGUUUUUAAAAUUUUUAUGGGAGGUUUCAGUCUUACCGACAUAUCGUACCUUAAAGUCGGUAUUUUCG